GCUUUUCCCACAAAACAUUCCUGUUUUUUGUUUUUGAUUUUUCCAGUUCUGGAGAUAGAAGCCAGGACAUUUGGACUGAUCUCCAUAACCAGCGUUCAUAUUUUUACUGUGAAACAGGUAUCUAGCGUUGUGGAGCUGAAUGUGGGAGGCCAGGUCUUCACCACCACCACGGACACCCUGAGGAAAGUCCCAGGCUCUAGACUGGCAGAGAUGUUCUCCAGCUCAGCCUCGGCCUGCAAGGAUGCUGAAGGCCGCUUCUUCAUUGACCGCCCCGGCACCUUUUUCCAUCCCAUCCUGGACUACCUGCGCAGUGGCCAGGUGCCCAUACAACACAUCCCUGAGGUGUAUCGGGAGGCUCAGUUCUAUGCCAUCCAGCCUUUGGUCAAGCUCUUGGAGGACAUGCCUCAGAUCUUUGGUGAGCAGGUAUCCCGGAAGCAGUUUUUGCUGCAAGUGCCAAGCUACAGUGAGAACCUGGAGCUCCUGCUACGCCUGUCCCGGGCAGAGGCUGUGGGGAGGCGUACCUCGGAGGUGGUGGUGUGUGUGGUGUCCAGUGAGGAGCAGGCUGCACGGUGUGCAGAGCUUAUAUAUUAUCUGGAGUCCCAAAAGAUGUCAGUUGUCAAGUUUGGGCCCUGUAAGUUAGGUUAUUAUAAUAAUGACCUUCUGCGGUGCCUGGAGAUAGACAUUAAGGCACAGGGGUACCAGGUAUCCUAUCAGGAGUACCACUUUGAUAAGGCAAUCAAGGCCAAGUUGGAGAAUUGCUUUUAUACAUUCACCUUCACAUGGUGGUGAAUCCUAUGGGCUAGGACUGUUUGUUAUGGGAUCUGGUGGGGCUCAUGAAAUUAAAAGAUGACAUCAAAA